GCCGCCACCUGCUACACCACACAGCCCCUCCUCAGAAGAGACAUUCAGAGCCGUCGGACCUGAGCAGCCGACGUGGAACAUUAUAUUUCACCCUGAAACCGGAGGGCCUACCGCUGCGGUUCGUGUGACGAGCAAAUGGGAAACUUACAGAGCAUGAUGGUGCCCAGGGCGGCGGCGGGGGUUUUGAUCAUGAUCCCGGCCGUGUCUGCGGCUUCCAGCUCGGGUUGGAGUGGAUGGGAAGUGGGAUCCACCAGCACCUGGGAGUGGGGGUUAUCAACGCUCCGUUGGACACUGUUCCAGAUCCUGGUGGUGCGCCUCCUGAAGAAGAUGUCGAUCGAUGUGGCUGCGAUAAGAGCCUCUCAUGAGGCAAACCAGCUGAACGCACAGGGACCGGGUAGAAGGGAGUCGGCUGCCCCACCCGGCGGGCCCCAAAACGCUCGCCCUAUCGGUGCUGCCGGUAACGGCAUGCAGGAGGCCGGCGUCCAAGCUCCCGCUCCCGCUGGGCCCCAAAACGCUCGGUGGUUCACCUGGCUCACCGACCCUGUCGGUGCUGCUUUCAACGGCAUGGGGGGGGGACUACCCGGCAUGGAGGAGACCCCCACACACGGCACCGAUGCUGCCGUUAAUGACAUGGAGGAAGCCGCCCCACACAACAUGGAAGCUGCCCCACACAACAUGGAGGAGGCCGCCCUAGACGACAGGGAGGAGCCUCAGUGAGAGCAGGGGCAAAGCACGAAUACUUUAGUGUAGUGAGCAAAUGGCUUGUCCGCCAGUGCACUGCAGGAUUAGUCUUCUGUAGAAACUAUCAUUGGGGCGGGGCGAGGGUUGAACAGUGCAAGCAAUAGGCUUGUCAGGCAGAGUUUGUGAGGACGAGAAACCAUCAUCAGUUUAGUUUAGGGCAGGGGGGGAGGGAGUUUCGUGAUGAUGUUAAUAGGUAUCAUGAGCUACCGCAACAUAACAGAAGGCGCGGGGUGCUACGCGAAAUUACUGGUGCCCGACCCGUCCUCUUUGUCGUUGUUGACAUCUAUUGUUUAGCCCAAGGUUUUAACACCAGUUUCGGUUUCGUCGACAAGCGAGUACCGUUGGCGAACAGAGUCAGCACGGAGAAGGAUGACUCUUCCAUUAUUUGGUCAAAAACCAAAAUGGCCUCAUCCGUGUCGGCAUUGUAUUAUGUCGUACGUAUUGACGUCGCUGCAUUUCCAGCAGUGGAUGGUUACAACCUUCGGGGGAUCAUGUUGCUCUUAAGUGAUACGCAUGAUACGCAUGGACCGGCGAUUUUACGGUCUGUUAUCUCGUGAUGUGCCGUGUUUGCAGUUUGCGCGUGUGGUGUCCGCGUUGGAUUGGUCCUAUUGACUGUAGGACUUAAAUUGAAGCUUGAAGCAGCCAACAACGCGAACACUGGAGUUCGUCCCCAAACAACAAGGGAGCCAACAGCUUCAGAGAGGUUUGAUUGCGAACGAGCGAAGCACGUUCUACGCUAUUCCCUUGAGUUUCCCCAGCGGGAACAAGCUUGCUGUUACCAACGGUUCGGUGUGGAUGU